AUGUCUUCCACGCGUCGCAUCACAAAGGAAUACGGCGAACUCACCCAGUCCCCGCCCGAGGGCUACCACAUCGCCCUCGGGCCCAACGACUCACUUCACACUUGGCACGUCACGCUCUCCGCCCCCAAAGAGAGCGUCUAUCACCCGGGCCGGUACGGCAUUGUGCUCAAUCUUCCCACAGAGUACCCGUUCAAAGCGCCCGUUGUCAAGUUCACCACCCGCAUCUACCACCCAAACGUCACAAACGACUCCCUUGGCAACAUCUGCCUCGGUCUGCUCAAGACGGAGAAUUGGAAGCCCAGCACAAAAAUAUCCGCCGUACUCGACGCGCUUCGCAACUUGUUGGUUGAGCCCCUACCCGAUGACCCCCUUGAGGACCGCAUCGCGGAGCAGUACAGGAAUGAUCGCGAAGGCUUCGAAAAGGCCGCCAAGGGCUUCGUGGAAAAGUACGCCAUGGGAGAUCCUACGUUCCCCGCGGGGCCAUGA